AUGUGGGGGUCUUCUCUUCCUGCAGCUCCACAGGUCAGCAGCAUUCAUGUUUCCACAGAUGCCUCUACAGGGGAUGUCCCUGAGCACAGAUCCAAGAGGAAGAGGGGACAGAGCAAAAGGAAACUGGAGAAUACCAUGACUGAUCCAGAAGCCUGCACCAUUCUUGCCUCCAGUGAUGCUUCUGCAGGGGAUGUCCCUGAGCAGCGAUCCAAAAGGAAGAGAGUCCAGAAGACAAGCACACUGACAGAUGUCAAAGCAGUUGCCCAGGAGAGCAGUCUGCAGGCCUCAGGUACCUCUGAAGCUACCCCUGAAGCUGCCUCAGGCACAUCCACCUCUGAAGCUACCCCUGAAGCUGCCUCAGAGCUGAAGCUCUUCAGGAGGAGAACCAAGAGGAGCAUAUGGACCGUGGACCGCAUCGAGGGCACAAAACUCAUCAUAAACAAGAAGAGAAGACUCAGUUACCAGCCUGAGGACCUUGAAGCCUUCUACCGAAUUCUGGAGGAUCCUGUGGUCCAGAACUUCUUGGCAGCUGACAUUUUCUUCAGAGUGACCGACAAGUACCUGCUGUCCAUGGUGGUGGAGUACUUUGGCCGACUUGGGCUCCCUGGACAUCUCUACAACAGGAUCCACUUCUUCCUGGCCCUCUAUAUCGCCUGUGACAUGGAAGAGGAUGACCCCACAUCCAGGAGGAGCAUCUUUCAAUUCUUGCUGGGCAGAGACACAUGGCAAGACUUGUACAAGGACUUCCAAAGGUUGCAGAAGGAGUUCCUCCAAGUCAUAGAUUACCAAGCAUUGCUCACGAGACAAGAGUGUGAAGAGAUCCAGAACCAGGACCCACACCACUGGGUCUGGAGCCGGGUGCGCCAGAGCGCCCCUUAGGCUCUCAGGCCUGGGAACCAUCAGCAGGGUCAUGGAGCAUGGGGCUGCACGUGAGCCAGCUCCUGCCCACCCCUGCCAUUUCCUCCCUCACCAAGAAACCAGAGCUUUUCCUCAUCGUACAAGCACCUGCAGAAUCCAACAUCCAUCCCUUCAGGAUAAAGAAUCCAGGGAGAGGAUGUGUUCCAGCAAUGUGACGAGGGAAACCAGUGCAGUCAGUGAACCUCAGCCUUCACAGAUGGCAGCCUACAAAGGCCCUUGACAAUCCUUCAUUGGAUUCCAUAACAGCUUGGAGGGUUCCAAAAAAAAAAAAAAACAUAUCCAGAGACUAAGGACAGGGAGCUGUGAUGUCACACCAAGUUCAGGAGCCCUGGACCAGUGGAGGAAGAACUUAAGAAGUCACUGCCCCUCUGGGGUACAGCAGGGUACCUGGAAAGGAGGAGUGACUGAAGUCAGAGCAUGAGGUCAGGCCUGCGUACUGGCCAUAAGCAAUGUCCUUGGAAAUCCUGUCAGAGACCCUCCUCAAUAGUCUACUGGGUCUCCAAAGAAGAGCUUAUCACACAAUAUGAUGGAGAAAUCUCACCAGGGGCUGAUGGGAAGCACUGAGACCCUGAAUAUAAUGAUGUGGAGACCUGAUGUCAUUAUCAAAGUAGGAUAAGAGAAAGGGGAUGCUAUGAAUGCAGGCUGUUACCACAGGGAAACAACACAGCCUGCCAAUGAGAGAGACAAGGAGCAGAAAAGUGUGAGGAAGAGGAGGUGAGGGGAUGAGGGUCUAUAGGUCACCCCAACAAGUGGAACAAGAGGGUGAUAGCUAUGGAACAGGAAAGAUGGACUCAGGGAAGACAAAUAGUCAGAUCCCAGCAUCACAGCGAAGAUUACAGACUUGACAACUGCAAGGCAGACAGGAUGUCAAACAAAGAGCAAGAGCAUAUAAAUUCAGCACUCAGCUGGCAAUAUUCAUAUCAUCUUGGUUAUAUUGCUUUGGUUAUACUAUUUUCCCUCUGACAAUUGGUUAUAAUAUUUUGAUUUUUCUGGUUAUAAUUGUUUCAUUAAAAUUUUGUUUAUAUUUGUUUGUUUAUAAUAUCUUGGUGACUUGUGGUGUUUUAUAAUGUUUUCAUAGCAUUACUUUGGUUAAUCAGCUUGCUUAGAAAAU